GAAGCCUCCUCGUGGCCUGAGGCGAGGCGCUUCUGAGGCGCACUAGCGCCUCUGGAUUGGAAAAGUAGGAGCGCCCAGCUAGGCGACCCUUCCAGGGAGGAAGAGCUUUCAGUGGGGCUGGAGUGGCCUGUCCGUGUGGACAAGAGCCCUUCUUUGGAAGGGUACCUGCGAACAGCCACAACCUUGGCCUUGGGGCAGCAGCCCCAUCUUGAAUGAGGCAAACGCUCCCCAACCUGUUGUAACUUGCUCUCUUGGUUUAUUGACUUUUCCAUUUCCAAAAGCUCCUUCAAACUAUGUGCAGGUUUGCUCAAAUGUCCCCGCUGUGUCGGUUUUGUUUUCAGCCCAAAGACUCAAUGCUAGGAUGGAAGAUGGCGACAAACUUUAGACAUGCUGACUGUUGUUCAGUAGGCCGACAAACUUGACUUUAGUGGGGCUUGUUGUGGGGAGGGGACACCUAGCGAACCACUUCAGUGUCUGGGACAAGAAGCAUUGCCUUCUCUACCCAUGAACUCUAAAUAAUUGACCAUUAUUUUUGUUUAAUAAACUUGCAUAUCUCCUUUUUUAAAAGUUACUGCUAUUUAGAGAAAAUCCACAUCUCGCCUAAACAAAAGGAGAACCAAGACUACUACUUGAGUAGUGCAAGGAUUGUUAGCAGCUGUGGGGGGGUGUUAUAAAAAGUUAAAACCUUUGAAGCCAUUCAGUGUAACUGCAAAAUUAAUUGUUUGUUUUACUCCCAUACUAUUUACAUGAUGAUUGCGGCAGUGAGUCUUGUGGCUCCCUUCAAGACUUAAUAAACAUGGUGUGAGGUUUCAUAGACUAGUUUAUUUCAGGAGAUGAAUGAAGUGUUGCCCUGUGUUACAUGUGUAUAUAUAUGCAUAUAGUUGAGGCGGGGGAUUGUAAACUGAAGUCAGAAGAUAAUUGUGUUCUUACUUAGGAGGACAACAUUUCAUGCACCUAAUGAAGUGAAAUGUAGUCCAUGAAAUCUUAUGGCAUAAAACAUUUGUUUGCCUGUAAGGUGUCAUAAGAUUCGCUCCUGUUUUUACCAACUGUGUUGUUUCUCACGUAUAAGAUUUCAUUCCCUGCCAGAAUUUAGCUGUAAAAUGCAAGGGGUGCUCUCAAAUCUCCAAACUACAUGACAGUUUGGAGUGGCAAACAUUAUCUGGCACCAUCAAAUUGAUGAUGUCAGGGAAACUUGUUAGGCAGAAUGCAAGAGUAACAGUUCACAGGUGUGAAAAUGUCUUAAAACCGUUUAAAAUAGAUAGAAUGCUAAAAUUAUGGAAGAAUCUCUGUGAUCUUUUCCUACAUUUUAAAAAAGCUUUAUGAAGCAGUAGCACACACAUACAAAAAAGACCCCCAAACCAACAAAAAAACCCAGAAUCAAUAUUGGAACCUGGGAAUUUCCCCCUAUAUAGAGGCCUUGUGUGUGGCUUUAGUCUGUAAAACUUUGUACUGCUUAAAUUGAAUUCAUGCACGUUGCGCAAAAUGCUCACAAGAGUUUAUUACAAGAAAUAAGAGAUGCAUGGGACAACAUGUUACCUUCAUAAAGGCAUGAUUCCAAAUCCGGAUUUGCCAGCAUAACCAGAGGCAGAUGUUGCAAAUAUGAUGCCCUCUGGUUGGAUUAAACUCCCAUUAAUCCUGACCUUUGGCCAUGCUGGCUGGGACUGAUGGGAGUUGUAGUCCAACAACAGCUGGAGGGCACAGCUUACUUUCUCUGAUCUAGGGACAGGAGCAUUUGAAGUGUGGGAAGGACUAAUGACCUUCCAGGUGUGGGAAGGACUAAUGAUACAUCCCACCCACCAACCCCACCUCCCCUUAAGUGACUCCAAGGCUGUUUGUUUCUCGCUAACUGGGCAAGGCUUUUGGUUUUAAAAACUUGCUGUGGCAGGAAGUGAGAGAGUGGAACUUGCUUAAAGGGGCUGGGGGCCAUUUGCAGACGAGAGAGGUGGAUGGAUUAAAAGUAAACCCUUUUCCCCACCUAACAAAUGGUUUCCUGCCUUUGAUUAGUGUUUUGAGAAAGUAUAGUGAGUAACUAUUAUUAUUAUUAUUAUUAUUAUUGUUGUUGUUGUUGUUGUUGUUGUUGUUAUUUAUUACAUUUCUAUAGGAUCCUUCAUCUAAGGAUCACAGGGCAGUUUACAAUAUAAAAACAGAUAGAUAGAUAGAUAGAUAGAUAGAACGGACAGUACUCCUUUGCUUUGGUAUAGUUCUUAGUUGCUUGUACAUAAGAAUGUUCCUCAAGCAUUCGUCUGAGACAUGUCAAGGUUUCAUUUAUGGAGCAUGUUAUUGCAUUUUUAACCACUGGCACCUGCAGCAGGUCCUUUUCCUGAGACUGGAGAUACUAUAGUAAGACCAUACAAAUGUCCUCCAAAGUGUCCUAAAAUCCUUUUCCUUAAAUGAUAUAGAUUAGGAAGAAAUGGGCUACUGGGCCAAUGCCACUUUGGUUCAAUUCACAUGGUCUCUUAUCCUGGGAUAUUUUAUCUUGCGUCUUAUUAACCCCCUCCGUUGGAUGGCUGCUGCUGCUGCUGCUGCUGCUGCUGCUGCUGCUGCUGCUUCUUCUUCUUCUUCUUCUUCUUCUUCUUCUUCUUCUUCUUCUUCUUCAUUUUGUUGCAUUUAUAUAUAGCUUUUCUGACGAGGCACCCAAGGCAGUUUACAAUUUUAAAUGACUAAAACACAGGGUCCCAACUCUAUGAUUUUUUAAAAUGAUACAACAUUUGUUUGGUAGAAGGAAGGAGCCGGGCUCUGAUGUUGCCUGUGCCUUCCUGCUCCCUCAUCUUUCUUCCUCCUAACAGUGCAGGUGGUGUCUUUCGGCCCUGUAGGCCUUGUGAAUCAUGAUUGUGUUUUAAAGAAUUCAUAUGUUAUAGCAAGCGUCAUUCAGGUAGCAGAGUAUAUUGGCAUUUAAAUUCUUUGCUUGCUUCUAAGCCACAGCACUUGAAUAGGGAAAGGAGACACAUAAUCUGAUCUGCCAAAGCUUACUCUUGUUCUGGCAGAACAGGAAAUAUAAGUAUUUCUGUUUCAGAGGGUAAUCACAUAUUAUGUUUGGGUUUUUUUCUUACUCAGUUACAUCUGUGUUGUAUCCAUUUCUGCUAUUUCUCCCCGUUAAAACUUAAAAACACACACCACAUCUCAGUGCCCUUCCAUCUGGGCUCUAUUCAAACCUCUUCCAUUGUUUAAAACCACCAUGUUCCUUUCAGUGUCUUUUCAUCUUUGCUUUACUCAAACUUCUCCCUUUUUUUUUUUUUUAAACCACCACUUUCCCUAUCUCAGUGGGGAAGUGCUCUCUCUCUCUUUCACACCCCCACCCCCUUCUUAUCCCCCACCAAUGCCUUCCAUUAACCUGCCCCCACAAGUCAUUUACUGUACUACAGACAUGAGUUUCCUCCUUUUUCUUCCUGCUUCUUCCUCCUUCCCCUGCCUAUAGAAUCAUAGAAACAGACGGAAGACAAAGUAGUGUAAAUGCAGUAUAGACAGAAAAAUCAUUAUCAGUGAGAUGCAAAUGUAUUCUGGUCUAUAGUCAAGAUUUAUCUUCUCACUACUGCCUUGUUAUGUUGACUGAAUCUCAGGGGCCUGAGGAGAAACCUCUAGUUUCUGGCUGACUCAUAAAACCAUUUAAAUACAUGAUUCCUUAUAACUUUUUUGUAAACGUGCAUUGUGUUUGCUAGCACCCAAUCAGUCACAGAAAUGGAUGAAAUUAUUUGUUAGUAAGCUAUUACUUGACACCAGUAGUAUCACCAUACGAAACUGAAUUUGCCAGAGAUAAAAUUGAGAGAAUGGAAUGGCUAAAGUCGGUUAGCUUAAAACCAUAAAGCAAUAUCCUUUGUAUAUUACACCUGCAAUGUAACCAAAAGAUCCGAGAGAUAAUGGUUAUGUAUUGUGUUCUAUAGUCUUGUUUUCAGUUCUCAAUUUAAGUCUUUUAUUUCUUCAGUGUGACUAAGUCUAUGUGCAUAUGUGGUUGUGUUCUUGGUUUACCUUAACCGUUAUUUGAACUGUGUGCUAUUUCCAUAAGAAACAGUUUGAGGUGUUCCAACAUUUUUUGCUUUGCUUUGGCAUCUCUGGAAUUGAGAGUUUAAUGUGCUAAGACAAGGUAUUUGUCAAAGGUAGGUCAAGGAAUCAUUAGGUUUUAAUGGAGGUACUGGAGUAAAAGUUGUCUUGCGUUCUUGUAGAAGAGACUUUGAUUCUUUUUACAGAAUGACAGGUGUUUUCUCAUACCACUAUGUUCAGAAAACAUAGUGUUAUGUGCAGCAUUCAAAACUCCCAUUGUUCUAAGGCGCAUUUUGCUCUAGGUGCUAAAAAGCGAGCAAUUUCUGAGCUCUGGACUCAGCACUGUGCCUAAGAUUUCAGAUUAAAAUCUCCACUCCUAACACUGAGGGUGUGGGAGGAGAAAUUCCUGCCUGCUCGACCUCCAAGAAAUCACAGCAUCAGGCAAGCUGAUGGGUUCUGCCUCUCAGCUGGCCUUACAGAAAGGCACCGUUUUGAGGGACCCUCAUAAGAAUAUUAAGGGGGCAGGCAGGGGACGCAUGACUUUGUUUUUUGCAGUCUUGAGAUAUCUAGACCAUGUGAAAAAUGAACGUAAGAUUUUAGCAGCAAUUCAUUCAUUUUCAGCUUUGUAUUCUUGUUAUAAAAAAGUGUGCCUAGACAUUCCAUUGUUGCGCCCAUAACCUAGGUUUAAGGUGCCAUUUAGCUCCUAGUUUUCAUAUCUCAGUUUCUAACACUGGUUAUGUGGUUGUCGUAUCAGAUUUAGGGAUGUGUUUAUACUUAGCCUUUCCCCCUUCCAGGCAAGCUGAUUACGCUUUAAUGAGUAUAUUGGAAGGAUGUGAUAAGAGCAUGCAACUAAACUAAUUUUAAGUACUAUUUUUUUUAAAGAUGCUUUGGAAGAAAGAAUUAGAAAUAAACUAGGAUUGGUAUAGGAUUGAAUGAGAAUGAGCAUAGCAUUUUGGCCAUUUUCCACUCCAUUAGUAGUUUUUAUUUCUAUUGACACUUUCUGAUGGAAUAUUAAGGUCAGCCAGGUUAAGAAUGCAGAAGGCCAUAAUCCAAAUCUCAUUUGUUAAGACCCUUAUCUGCUCUGCUGACAUUCGUAUGCUACUCUGUUUUGGCUUACCCGGCCGGAUGUGUACUAGUAUUAGCACCACACUAUUGAAGAGAGGCUAUAAUCAUAUGAUAACUCUACGGUGGAAUAAAAUACCCCCCACAGAUUCAAACAAUUAUUACAUUACAGUCAAAUACUGACAGAGAGAUGGAUUGCAUACAGGAAAACAACAGGUAAUUCUCCAAGGGUAAAGGGGACUCUAGUCUGCUGAUUAAACCUUUUAUAGAAACACAUGAAUAACAGGGUGAAUUAAUUUAAACAAUUGAUUUAAGUUGCCAAGGGGGCGAAAGACCAAUUUAAGUUUAAUGUUAUAAAUACACAGCCAUAUGAUGGGAGUUGAUCACAUAGGUCCCAACCAUGGAAGUGGUAGUCUGCUGCAUGUGUGUGUUGAUUCUUUGGAAAGACCCAUGUGAUUGGCCCCCAUCAUGUUAUUAAAAAAUGGCUGCCAGACUGCUAGUGCAAUCCUUAAAGGAACCACCAAUGGAAGAUAUUGUGGAAAACAAGCAGUUUGUCCUUCAGCACCAUUUUUGUGUGUGUGCCUCUUAAAAACUUUGUUUUGGGUUUCCUAUUUGACAAGCGUGCAGAAAAGUUGGAGUGUGCAUGUUUCCUUUGGAGUCUUAUGAAGUCCAGUUUAUAAAGAGACCUGGAUUCCAAAUUGAUUUCUAAGAUUUCCUGAGUGCAGAGGAAAGAUAAAGAGAGGGGGAGGAUUUUUGACAAGUGCAGCAUUUGGAGAAGUUCUGAUUGUACCCUCUGUGUCCCAUUUGUUUCAAUGAGAUAUGGCUUUUGACUUUGCCUUCUUGCUAGGUUUUUAGGUUGAAUUCCUAAGGAUUGUGUUGCUCAACGUAUCUCAACAAUUUUGUUCUUUAGAAUUUAGUCAAGUGUUUCUGAAAUUCUUGCUGUUUACAUGCUACUUAUAUUUGGGAAUUGAUAACCCAUUUCUUCCCUCCAUCACCAAGUUCAUUGAAAUAAUAUGGCUUCUCCUGUCUUCCUUAUAUUCCUGCAAUACCUCACAAUUCCACCAUUAACUAUAUGUUCAUGGAGUUGUUUCCUAGCGAGAGCAAUGAGCAGUGUAAAUAAUUUUAAGUGACCCUGAAAGGGAUGGAAAGAGCUAUGCUUUCAUUUUAGAGGAAAAGAGUUGAGUAGGAUUUGUAAUCAUUUGUUCCUUUCACUGGUUAAAAUGUUGAAAUAGUGAAAACUAUUUUUAAAGCGCAUUAGACUAAAGAUGCGGAAAACAUGGCCUAUGCAGAUGUCAGCUGUGGGUAGUUCUCUAGGUAAACGAAAGUGGUACAACAAUACAGGAUGCAACUAACUUCUUACAUCUACUCUCAGUUUUCAGGAACCAUGAAAAUGUGGGUUGCAUGUAAUUAAAUAUACAGCUUUAACCACACAGCUUACAGAGUAGCAGUGAACUUGUUAACUUUAAAUAUGAAAGACGUGGUCUUUCAAUUCACAUAUGACAUGUGUAACUUUUACUUUCUGGCACAUCAGAGUUGGAGUUUUGAUGUUGCAGACAGUCUCUAUUGAUCCCCCCCUCCCAGUUCAUAUUCAUAAGUUAAUAUAUGAAAAGUUUCUCUUAAACUGGUGCAAGGUAACCAUCUGCCGGGUAUUUCAGCAGAACAAGUUGUUCAGCAUACCUUUCUCUGCAAAGGACUUGAACCAAAAUUGCCUGAAGGGUUUUGUUGCAAAUCUUUAUAAAUAAGCCCAGGUGAGAAACUCUUAAAACAGAUGUAAAGUUUCAGAAGCUGCUGUUACUGCAGAAAUAUGUGGGCAUUUCACAGUUCUCCAGUUUUUAUAAUUUACAGAAUCUUACAGCAACAAAGGAUCUAGAAAAACCUGAUCAGAUUCCCUGUUCGCAUGCAACACAGGUCAAUAUUAACUAAAGUAUAGAAAUUUGGACACCAAUUAAUGUAUAGCCCUUUUGCUUCAGCUAGAUGCAUGUUCUACCCCAUUUCUCCCCUCCUUUAAUGCACAUAGAUGAGAGAUGGUAUGGUGAGCAUUUGCUACUCAGUGUCCUACCGCUUUUAAUAUUGAUUUAAAUGCCUACUAUCUUUUAAAUGGAGGGACGCGGGUGGCGCUGUGGGUUAAACCACAGAGCCUAGGACUUGCCGAUCAGAAGGUCGGCGGUUCAAAUCUCCGCAACAGGGUGAGCUGCCGUUGCUCGGUCCCUGCUCCUGCCAACCUAGCAGUUCGAAAGCACGUCAAAGUGCAAGUAGAUAAAUAGGUACCGCUCCGGCGGGAAGGUAAACGGCGUUUCCGUGUGCUGCUCUGGUUCACCAGAAGUGGCUUAGUCAUGCUGGCCACAUGACCUGGAAGCUGUACGCCGGCUCCCUCGGCCAAUAAAGCGAGAUGAGCGCCACAACCCCAGAGUCGGUCACGACUGGACCUAACAGUCAGGGGUCCCUUUACUAUCUUUUAAAUGGGUCUUAAUAUUCUACCAGUCAUUGCCAAUGGGUUGGGGGAAAGAAGUGCUAUGAAAACAUCCGUGAUACAGCUACCAUAAUAGCAGCAAUUGUACUGUGCCUUCACCAAACUAGUGUCCUCCAUAUGUUUUGGACUACAAUUUAAAUAUUUUUUCUUGGUUUUACUGUUUUAUCAUUUGUACAUCGCUUUGAGGUUUGUUUUCUUUUGGUUUGUUUUACAUUCAAGCGGUGUAUAAAUUUUUGUUAAAUAAAUAAAGCAAUUCCGAUCAGCUUCAGGCAGCUAGCUUGGGAAGUACAAUUUUCUGCAGCAAAACAAUUUGCAUAAUAAUGAAAAUAGUGCUGGUUAUACUUGGCAAGUUAUUGGCAUAAUGUUGCUUGCUAAUGCUUUCUUCCUUUUUUAAUGAUUUUGCUUUGAAGGGUAGGGUGGGGGAGAAUUUUAUUAUUGGACUCAAAUGGUCUUUAUUGAAGCUUUGCUUUAAAAAAAAGUCAGGUGAGGUUUUAUAUGACAUAGUUGUUAUAAAGUUGUGUGCCGCCUCAAUUGCCUUUGAGCAUAGAAAGGCAAGAAAGAUGAAUAAAUGUAAAUGUGAACCAUAGUUUGGGAAAGUCUUUAACCAAAUGCAUGAUGAUGAUGAUGAUGAUGAUGAUCUCAAUGAUUUAGUUGUGGUGCGUGUUUUGUUCUGGAAAAAGUCACAGAUAGAAGCCAGUGUUAUGCUGACUUUGUCGGUCUGACUUGGUAAAAAUCCUUAUGCAUGAACUAACGGAGGAACUUUAAUCCUCCUUGGAGGUUUUCGAUAAAAGAUUGAGCAGGAAUCUUUUCACAGAUGCUCAGAGCACAGGCUAUUCUGUAUUGCAUGAUUUCCAUUUCAUAGCUUGCUCUGAACUGCUGCUUGUCCAGAUUUAAAACAGUUAGUAUUACAUUAAUACUCUUUGUAAAAGUCUAAAUCUAUUGCAUUUUAAUUAAGGCAUUUCUGAUACAGUGUUUGGUGGUGAAAGUGUAGCAUAAAACUGUUAUAUGUGGUACAGGUUUCAUGUAAGAACACAUUGUGGUGUUGGUAGUUUCAUUCAGGUGCCCCUUGCGUAAGAGCCCCUUACCAAGUAGAUAGCCCCAAUUUCCAUACUGUCAUGGCACAUUGUUGGCUACAGCCUGCAAAGAAAUGGACUCAUCCACUUGUUAAGCAACUUUUGCUAAUUAAAUCGUCUGCAUUGUUGUCCCUGCAUGAACACAUGUCCACUGUGUUCCUUCAUGGGUACCAUAAUGAGAGACACAUACAUGCAAACUAUGCUUGAAAAGCCCCAAAGCCCCAACCACCCAACAAUUCAAACAGCUGAUAAGCUUCAUUUGUGUUUCAGAUCGAAUUCCCUUACCUAGGAAUAUGAUUGAAAACAGCAUGUUUGAAGAAGAACCUGAUGUGGUUGACCUGGCUAAAGAGCCUUGCUUGCAUCCCUUGGAGCCUGACGAAGUGGAGUAUGAGCCAAGGAGUUCUCGGCUCCUUGUCCGUGGUCUUGGAGAUCACGAAAUGGAUGAGGAUGAAGAGGACUAUGAAUCAUCAGCCAAACUUCUGGGAAUGUCUUUUAUGAAUAGAAGCACAGGCCUGCGUGGUAACACAGUGGGCUACAGGCAGAGUUCAGAUGGAUCAUGUUCUGCACCAUCUGUAAGGACCACAGUGAUUUGUGCUGUUGUUCUUGUGAUUGCUGUCUCCGUAAUAAUGGCAAUCUACCUUCUUCCCAAAUGUACCUUUACCAAAGAAGGCUGUCAUAAGCAAAACCACACAAUGGACGAUAUAUAUCCUUUGGCAACAAACGGAAAGCCCUUUCCAUGGGCAAAUUUCAGGCUACCAGGUGCUGUUGUGCCAGUACGUUAUGAUAUUGUCUUGCAGCCAAACUUAACCACUAUGAAGUUUUGGGGUUCAGUCCAGAUAACUGUGAAAGUCCUCCAGGUGACCUGGCAUAUCAUUCUUCACAGCUCAAAACUUAAUAUUACCAAGGUAACUCUUUCUUCAUCAGGCUCAAGCCAGCCAAAGCAAGCCGAGCUUCGGGAAUAUCCACUGAAUGACCAGAUUGCAAUUUUUGCCCCCGAGGCUCUCCUUGUAGGACAACAAUAUAACAUCAACAUGGAGUAUUCCUCUAAUUUAUCAGAAAGUUACUCUGGCUUUUACCGAAUCGCUUAUAACAAUGACAACAGAAAUUCAACAAAAAGGUAAAGUUGGGAAAUAAUGUAUUUCUACCUUAUUUGUAAUACAUUAUGGGAGUUGAAGUACAGCAGUAUCUGGAAGCUCACAGAAUUCUCACUCAUAAUUUAAGGAACCUGCCACCUCCUCCUUGAAUUUUUUCAAGUGAUCUACAUGCAGUGUAGUGCCCAAGAUGAAAUUAUAAACCUGGUUCAAAUCUCUUUGUUGCCAUAAACCUAGUAGAUAGAUUUGGGCAAGAUACAUUCAAUUUUAGACCAUGUGCAACAUGGAGAUGAUAACAUUGCUUUCCUUAACUGGAUUGCUCUAAGAAUUACUGAGAGUGUAUGCAAAGUGUUUUGAAUAUUCAAGGCACUCCAUAAAAUGUUAAGUAUGUGUUGAAAAGUUCAAGCAUUCUGAACAAGGAAAACUUAUUUUGUAAUCUUUUGAUGUUGCAGUUGUUGACUGUGCCUUUGUGUCUGGGAAUUAAACCUGCUAAAGUGUUCUUCAGGAGUGAAAAGGAAAGUGUUCAUCCUCUCCACUAGUUUUUGUUCCUUUAGGUAGAAUGCAGGCAUAUAUAUAGACUGUAAACUAAGUUUGGUUUUUGUUAUCAAGCCUUGAUCAAAACCAAAUUCUAGAAUUCAAUCUAGAAUUUUUGUUUCAAAGCCAGAUCUUUGUGUAGCUUAAUCCGUUAGGAUACAGCAGAUCUUUUGCAAGGUACAUUAAGCUAGGGCUAGUAUAAGGAACCUAAAAGGUACAGUGGUAGACAACUCCUUAGAGCUUGUUUACAGGUGGCCUGAGAAACUAUUUUUAAGAUUCAUAUUCAAUUAUGAAGUAAUAAAUAUAAUAGAUAAUAGAUCCAUAGAUAAUGGAUUUUCUUUUGUUUUUCAUCAGGUGGCUUGCAGCAACCCAGUUUGAACCCUUGUCAGCAAGGUCAGCUUUUCCGUGCUUUGAUGAACCAGCAUUCAAAGCCACUUUCCAAGUCUCUGUCAAGAGAGAUAAUCAGCAUUCUGCUUUGUCAAACAUGCCAAAGGUAAAAUCCUGCCAUAUUCUUGUUCGUGGGAGAUGGGUACCUAUGCUGCUAUGCUCCACUGGAUAUAUAGCAUGGGCACCUCUGGCUGAAGGUGGCCCUCAAUGCCUCUCUUCCCACCCUUGGAAUUAUCCUGAGGUCAUUCCCUGCUUAAUGACCUCUGCUCCUUAAGCGCUUUAAACCUGGCUGGAAUGUGACCUUGAACUGUGGUGAUGCCUCUUACUCACCUGUAUGGAGAGGGAGGGGUGUGUGUGUGUGUGUCUGUGUGAGAGAGAGAGAGAGAGAGAGAGAGAGAGACCUCUGACUGUUGCAUGGUUGUAAUGUAGCCCUACUGUAGAAAGUUAAGAGUUGGAACCACUGUCCUGUCCAUGUUUGUCUGUGGCCGACCUACCUGCAGCCCCAGAAUGCUGUCUAUCAGAGGAUCUGUUUCACAAGCUGAAAAAGGCUUCAAGCCACUGGUAUAUAAUAUAUGCAUCAGAAUACUAGUGGCUGCUAAUCGCAAGCUGGAGAACACCUUUGUGUUUUCUGUGUGGUAUUCCCAUAAGCAUCUCAUUGCCCACUAUGGAAACAGAAUGCCCGACUAGAUGGGACUUUGCUCUUACAUUCUUAAUAAUGUGCUCAUGGUUGUUGGCACAAAAAAGCUGUUUAGUUCAUCACAUGAAAUGGCAUUCUGUGCUUUGCCUUUGCUUUUAUGAUGCGGAAAAAUGUGAAUAUGUUGGCAUUGUGUGGCUAUAGGGAACUUGGAAACAAAAGAGCCAUACAAAAAGUCCUGUUUCCCACAAAGGCCAGCUGGAUGCCUCUGAAGUCCACAAGCAGUUUAUGAAGGCAAUUGCCUUCUCCUGCUUGCUCCCAGAAACUGGUGUUGCAUUUGGUAACCCCUUCACUUUCCAUUGGAAGGUUAAACGCAGUAAGGUCUAUGAUUUUCCAACUGGGAAAUGUGGUACUUGGUUCUCUGUGCUGUUAUGGUAGCUGUGUAUAGUUACUUGGCUGCUAUUUAUGGUGCUGGUUGGGGUGAAAUGGAAAAGCAUGGCAGCACCAUUUUGCCCAUGUUCUUUAAGAUCCAGGAGACCCAGAAGGUGAAGAACCUGUGGCAGCAAGAUGAUGUUGGACACCCAAUUCCUAUCAGCCCUAGCCUGUCCAGCAACAUCUGAAGAGCUAUAGGUUCUCUACCCCUGCUUGAGACAAAUGGAGUUGGGGAGGAAGCAUCUAUGAAAUUGAUGGAACAGGGAACGGGACUCAGCCAUAGCAAUCAACAAGUCAGUUAAAUCUCAGACAGGUGUUGGUGCUCUCUAUAUAAAAGGUAAAGGGACCCCCUGACCGUUGGGUCCAGUUGUGGACGACUCUGGGGUUGCGGCGCUCAUCUCGCUUUAUUGGCUGAGGGAGCUGGUGUACAGCUUCUGGGUCAUGUGGGCGGCAUGACUAAGCUGCUUCUGGCAAACCAGAGCACUCACGGAAACGCCGUUUACCUUCCAGUCAGAGCAGUACCUAUUUAUCUACUUGAUGUGCUUUCGAACUGCUAGGGUGGCAGGAGCAGGGACCGAGCAACGAGAGCUCACCCCAUCACGGGGAUUCGAACUGCCAACCUUCUGAUCGGCAAGCCCUAGGCUCUGUGGUUUAGACCACAGCACCACCCGCGUGGUGUUGGUGUUCUCUAUAUACCCUAUACCAAAGCCAUAAGUUUUUUGUCUUCUGGUUCUGGCCAGACAUUUAAAAAAUGUGGUUUGAGAAGCAAUCCACAGAUAGGAUAUCUCUGCAGUGUGUCUUCUAGGGAGGCCCAACUGAUGAGAUAUAAAUCCGGGAUUCAUCAUAUUUGUUUUAGUCUGUUAGAUAUAAUGUCUGUGUGUAUCAAUAGUUUAGCCUCAUUCUAUGUAUGUGUGGUGAUAGGACUGCUGCAUCAAAAUUAUAGGGGCAAAAGUGGGAGUUGAGCGCGUAUGAGUUUUCCCUAAUCCUUUGCUUAUCUUUUUAUCUCUUUUGCAAGCUAUUCACGGCCUGUUUGCCACUGCUUCUUUGUCCAUUCUGCAGCUUCGGCACAGUUUUUCUUAAAAAAUAAGAGCAGCUUGCUGAGGCAGCAGAGGUCAUACAAGGAGUGUAAUGUCAUGUCACCAUGAAGCUAUUCAGGUUUGACUUAAGGAUAUUAUGAAACCACAUCAGUCUGAGCUCAGGAAGCAUUUCCUUCUGUUUGAAUUGACUUUGUGGUGAUAUUACAGAGCUAAAUUAAUUGUGUGACAUCACUACAGAGCCAAAACUGAGAGAGUGUCCUAACUCUUCAGGUGAACAUUUCUCCCCUCUUUCAACUACUUUUCAUGGAACCGACAGAAAAAAGGGUGCCUUACCUGGGGUGGGGGGUGAAGUUUUUCAUAAAACAUGUUGCCAACUAUUUAGUUUCAGUCAUCAUAAUACUAAUUGCAAACCACUGGGCAGUGCAGGCCUAGGGAAAUAUCGAUAUGCAACACUUAACAUUUUGCAUAUUAAUUCCAGUUCUAGCCUGUAUAUAUUUUGCAUCACUCUAUUUUUUUACUGUGUCAACACAGGGUAGGCAUCUUUGAGCUUUACUCUUGCCCCAGGGCCUCUAGGUUUCUAUUAAACACUUACAUUUUGUUUGUGUUUCCAGAAAGCAACCAAAUCUCUGGCAGAUGGAUUGGUUCAAGAUGAGUUCUACCCAAGUGUGAAAAUGAGCACUUACCUAGUAGCGAUCAUCGUUGGAAACUUGGCAAAUCGCACUAAGGAAACAAAUGGGAUUCAGGUAUGUGUUCCUUUAGCUCUUGAGCGUAAGCUUUUUCGUUCUCAGAAUUUUUCAGGAAGUGCCCUUUGUGUGAAUUGAAGAAAGCUGUGUCCCCUCCCUUGUGCCAGCAUACACUGUCUGAAGUAGGUUGUGGUUUUCUGGCCUAGACCCACCAGAACCAGCCAGCUCUGCUGCUGCUGCUUGCUUGUUUCAAAUUACUAUGAAGGAAUCUCAAAGUUCAGCUAAACCAAAUAAGCCACAUAGGUGUAUAUUUGUGAACUGCCGCAGGUGGGGCAGUGGUAUUACAAAUAACCUUGCAGAAGGAAGGGUAGCUUCUUCCUUGGGUUGUUUUUCCUGGGUGUGGCCACAAACCCGCUUCUGACCCAAAUAUGAAGUUUUGUGUGUCGGAGCCGUAAACUCAUAUUUAGCUCUGUAGAGUCUCAGUUGGUAGUAGCAGCCUAUGGGGUAUAGCAUAGUCAUGGAGCUGCACUCCUGACACCUGCUUCACUGCAGCGUAUCUGGGAGGCAGGGAGGCAGCAAGGUCAGGGCUGCGCAGGUACCCUGGUCUCUACUUGGUCCACACAUGCAGUGCAGGCCUCUCCACUGCUUUGCCUUGCCUCAGCCCUAUCCAUGUAAGCUGUUGUGAUGCUAGUGUUAGGAAGGCGACUCUUCCUUACCACAGAGGUUGCUGCUGCCAAUUGUGAAGGCAGCUUUUAAUUUCCCUCAUAUUCUCUCUUUUUAAUCUCUGGAAUAAUAACCACUUCUGGUGGUAGUUAGUGGUGGCUCAUGGGGGUGUGUGUGGUAGAAGCACAUGCACCCACCUGGGCUCAUUGAGAAGAUGAUGGGGAUGAGGUCAGGGGUCCUCUAGGAGGGCAGUCUCCAUCCAGGGGGUGCACACCUGUGGGGCAGCCACAACAAAAUCAAAGGUUCCCCAAGGAUACACAGCCUCCAUCCAGGGGGUGGGCACACCUGUGGGGCAGCCACAACCAAAUCCCCAAGGAUACACAGCCACAUCCCUGUCCCAGUAAACCCAGUACAACCACUGGGAGGAUGCCGCUGCCUCCCCCCUCUCUCCCUCUGACCAUGAGCCACCAGUGUUGCUGGUGGAGUUACUCAGAAAGUAGCAUAAAGCUAAAACAUGAACAAGGUUGUAUUUACACAGUAGAAGCUGUUCAGAACUGCGGAACUCUUUGGAAAUGUCCCAAUGUUGUUUGCAUUCCAUUUUAUUGCCUUGUUUAACAAGAAAGUGCUAAGGUGGUUCUCAGCCAUAAAACAAAGAAGUCGGUUCUUUGAGCUUCCUUGCAAAUGCUGCCUUUGCCAACUGUUUUACUAAAACUGUGUUCAUAAGAGCAGUUUUCUCACCUAAAAACUAUCAGUGAAGCAUAUGCGUCUCGUGGGAUUUUCAGUUUCAUAUUCUCUCUCCCCACCCCCACCCCUUUCCUUUCUUCCACUGUGAUAGGUAUCUGUCUAUUCUGUGCCACAAAAGUUGAACCAUACUGAAUAUGCCUUAGACACAGCAGUGGAGCUCCUCAAGUUUUAUCAGAAGUAUUUUAAUAUAACAUACCCGCUUCAAAAAUUAGGUGAGAUGCUUUAUAUUCUUGUGAGCUUGCAUCUGUUGCUCAUAUAUUCUUAUGAGUUUGUUUUUCACCUGGUUUUUAACAGUAUAAAAGUAGAGGAGAAUUAAUCACUGUAACAUGGGGAAAUAAUUAAUUACAUAACUAAAACUAAGUGGAGUCCUUGUUACGUUGUCCGAGAAAGUGCAUGUUUCCUAUGUUCAUUGAGAUUUGAGAUAUGCCAUGUAUAAACAAAAUGGGCAUAGGUUUGCAAGUGGCGCCACGAUGUUGAGCAUGGAACAUGGACAUGUUCUAUGCACUUGAAGUUUAGUGUGUUUGACUAGGUUUUUUUAAUUAUAAUUAAACUUGGUAAGUUUUGUUUUCAUUUUAGUACUGGUUUAUUUAAAAACUGGUGCCUUGUUCUUCAUCUAGACUUGGUAGCUCUUCCUGACUUUGAGGCUGGAGCAAUGGAAAACUGGGGUUUGAUCACUUUUCGAGAGACAACACUCCUUCACGAGGACACGACAUCUUCAGCCAUGGAUAAAAAGAGAGUAACAAGAGUGAUUGCUCAUGAGCUGGCACACCAGGUAUGAAGGAUCUCCCAAUUUCUUCCUGUACUGCAGGAUUUCCUCUUUUUUUAAAAAAAAAAACCAUUGCAGUUCUGAUUCAUGCUGCUUACAAGAAAGCUUGCCUUUUCUCAAUUUCUGCUAAGAUAAUUAGGCUGCAUCUUUUGCACCGCUAAUAGGAAGUAGUUUCUCUCUCCCCUCCCCCUGCCUCAAAUGAAAAUUACUGUGUCUGUGCACUCGUGAUGGAGCAGUGCUUUUGAGACAGCCUAGAGUAAUUACAUUUUCUCACGCUGCAAAUUUGUCCAGACAGCAUAUAAGGAAGACAGAGCAACUGCAAGCUAGAUUUUUUUAAAAAAAACUAAUUUGAUUACACGCUGUAACUUUGUACUAGGAGCAAUGGAAAAGCAUGAUGCGAUAUGAACUGCUGAUGUGCAUUAUCUGCAAUUGCCAAGUGGUGGUUGGGGGGCAGGGUGGAUAAAAAAUCAGAUUUUUUUGUUUUUAAAAUAAAAUGCUUUUGGAGGAAAAAUCUUUUUAAAGAUAGUUUUCUAUUUAAGUUACAUUAUAGUCCAAAGGCUAUUCAUCAGGAAAUAAGGAUUUGUUUUAAGUUUUUCAUGUGUCCUAAAACUCAGUCUGGUUUUUUUUUUAAAAAUCGUUUAACCACAUCAGUUAACAAACAUGGAUACAUAUGCUAUAAUGUUAUUGUUUUAGUUAAAUAAAUUGUUUAAAUUGUUAUUAAGGAAAUGGUUAUUUUUCUCCUUCCAAUAAAGUACAGCAGAAAAGUUGUCCAAAUAUAAACAGUUAACUUAUUAAACUUCUCAAUAAUUUCAUAAUUAUCUGUCUAUGUAUUUCUAAUAGUAUAACCAAAUCAGCAAUUUUUGAUAUAACUGUAAAAACUACUCUGAAAAUUUAUUAUUCCAAAAAUGAAACCUUCAUCUGGUUGUAAAUAUUAAGAUUAUACCAGCAAGAAUGAGUCUUUCAGUAAAAAAAUGAUUUAAAUCAAGUCUUCCUGACUAGUGAUUUAAAUCAUGAUUUAAAUCAAUUUGAUUUAAACCAAAUCCACCCUGGGGGGGGGAUGUAAAAUUUCUGUUCACAAGCACUCUUGCAGUUUAAAUUAAAACAAUUAAAUGAGCAAUUUUAAAAAUAUGUAUAUACAAUAUUUAUUUACAUUCAGAUUUGUGUUUUGGGUUAACUGGGUGAUUAGGCCAAUUUGCAGCAGCAUGCCCCACUGAAAUGUUUGUUUCACAUUCAUGCACGAUAAGCUGCCAGUAUAAACAUCUAUGCAGCUGUAAUGUGGUUUUCCUGAGUUGAGAAAAUGCAUGUAGCCCCACGUGUCAAAGCAGUAUGGGCUGUUUUACUGCUUCCUGUUGAUGAAGAUGAUUGAUGAAGACGGUUUGUUUCCAAAUAUGAAACCUUCCUAUCUAUCUUGCAUAGCUCCUUGAACGCUCCUUAAAAUUUUUAUUCUUAUACAUAAUCCGUGGAUUCAUCUUUGGGCAUGUUAUCUAAUAAUGGGAAUAUGUAUUUCUUUUGCAUCCUUAGUGGUUUGGCAAUCUGGUAACUAUGGAAUGGUGGAACGACCUGUGGCUGAAUGAAGGAUUUGCCACUUUUAUGGAAAAUUUUGCCUUGGAGAAAGUCUUCCCAGAAUUAUAUACUGUAAGUGCAGUGAACGGGUGUGUACAAAGUUUUUUUUAACUUGGCAUAAUCCGCUUUGGUCUCAGACUUCGUAGUUAUACUAAGAGUUUGGAUUUGAUAUCCUGCUUUAUCACUACCUGAAGGAGUAUCAAAGCGGCUAACAUUCUCCUUUCCCUUCCUCCACCACAACAAACACUCUGUGAGGUGAGUGAGGCUGAGAGACUUCAGAGAGAAGUGUGACUGGCCCAAGGUUUUGUUUUUAGGAGUUCUAUUGUUUGAAGAAAAGAAAAAUCCUUGCUUUUGAAGCACUUGUAGUAAAAUUCUAGCCAUGGUGGAGUUUAACAUAUAUAUGGAAUUCAACACAUAUGCACACACACACACACAGAGAGAGAGAGAGAGAGAGAGAGAGAGAGAGAGAUAUUAUUGGAUAUCUCAGUUGGUAGAGCAUGAGACUCUUAAUCUCAGGGUUGAGGGUUCGAGACCCACAUUGGGCAAAUGAUUCCUGCAUUGUGGGGGGUUGGACUAGAUGACCCUUGAGGUCCCUUCCAACUCCAGGAUUAUUUUUAAAAGUGUAUUUAGGCUCCUUUUUAGGGCCUAACCCAUCGAAGGCAACUUCCAUAAUACACACCUGGAGUAUGAGAAUGUGAGCACAAGUGUGGGACUGGUUGAGAAGAGAGUGUUGUAUGUCUGCAUCCGGUGCUUAUAUGGUGGUGACAAUAAGAGAGAGGAAUAGGGGCACAUGCAUUUUUGUUUUCCCCAGCUCAUUUUUCUUGCCUACCCUUGGUACAUACACCCCUGAAGUGUUGGUAAAGUUUGAAUCUGGGCCUUGGGAUAAAAUAGUUUCCCGACCCCAGUUUUUACAGGCUUAUAAACAAGUCAAGAAUCGCUUGGAAAAAACUGCACACAUUGGUCCCUUAAGAAAUAAAACUUCACCACUUGGUGGUGCCAGAUUGCUUUAAAGAAUGUACAUUUUCUUUGUGGGCAAUGUAAAACUUACCAACUUGACCUUUUCUGCUCUCCUAAUCUUUUGAAACGAAUGGUCACCUGGGGUUGAACCUGGACAUUGUGUACAGGCCUCUGCAUCUGAAGUGUUUGCCAAUGGACGGUGCAUUGAGGAACAGGCCCUAACAGUUUAUGUAGAAAUCUGAGUGUAGAAUGAAUUAUAAUAGACAGCCCUAUGGCAUUUCAUAGCUUACUUGUUUCAUUCAGUAAAGUGGAAACAUAAAAUAUAGUCCAUAUCUUAUAAUUGAAGUACAUAAUCUAAAAUCCAAAUCAGCUAUAGUCCUCAUACUGCUAAUCUAACUCUUUAUUGCUAACACCUUGUUCAAUAUUGUUCUGGCUCAGUAUUUCAAUCUUAUGCAUCAUAUGCUGGAAAGCAAGUUUCAGCACACUUGGAAAUAAAUCCCAUUGUGUUCAGGGGAGCUUGCUUCCUGGUUAUUGCAUUCAGAACUGCAUUGUUGGUGUGACUUGGUGGCGGGUGCUGUUGCAUUCAGGCCCUGCUUGCAGUUUUCCGUGGGUAUCAAGUUGUCCACUGUUAGAACAGACUGCUGAACUAGAUGGACUGUUGGACAGGGCCAGUUGUAAAUCUUCAAAGGCACCCCAGUAUCUAGAAGGGACUGUGUACAAGAUAACUAUUUCUCCAGAUCUCCAGUUCUCAUAACAGUACUUACAGACUGGUCAAAUUCCUCAUGUUAGUAUCUACUUGAGUUCACUUAAACUUUUUCCUGUUUUUCAGGAUUACUCUUUUCCAAAUCUGCAAUUCAAGACAAUGGAGAAAGAUUCCAUGAAUUCAUCUCAUCCCAUCUCCCUUGCCGUCCAUUCGUCAGAGGAGAUCGAGCAAAUGUUUGAUGCCGUCUCCUAUAUCAAGGUAACUUCAAAAGUACUGGCAAAUGUGCUUCUAAUAAAAUUAAAUGCGCUUGAAAAGUCCGCACAAAUAUGUUUCAAAUCACAUUCCUGACGUGGGCAGCAGCAGGUCAGGCCCUGAAAGGUGGGGGGAAGGGUUUGCAGGGCGAGAGGACCAUAUAAUGGAAACCUUUCACACCAACAUGAGCAAUUUUUAAUCAGAAAUUUUAGCUCAACAAGAAUUGGUUAGAAAUGUUCCCUUUCCUCAGUGGAGGGGGGGAAACGGAAUGUUGUUUCUCACAUGCGUUUGCACUGAAAUAUCAAUCCAUUGUUUCUGAGCAUUUUAAGACACGGCUAGAAGAUCAGAUGCACUUCAUAGACUUGCUGUCCUUACACUCUGUAUGCAUUUUCAGAAUGUGAUGCAGGGGUAGCCUUAAAUGAGAGAGGGAGGGAGGCCACAAAUCUCUCUGCCCCCCCCUCAAUUCUUUAACUGUGGUUAAAAGGAUGACAUCUACACUAAGCCAUCAUUUAUAAAUAUUUAGAUUGAAUUUUACUAGUUCCUGUUUUCAGUUAAUUCUCAUAAUUAUCCACCAUAAAACUCUUUGUUUCCAAACUUCUGUUUCCCCUUUUUGUAAACACUGUUUUGAUUCGAAGAAGAAGCUCUUUGCUUAGGUUUAAUGCAGUUUUGAUAAAAUCAGGUGUGUAUUCUUUCAAGACUAGAUGCAACACUGUUUCUUUUCACAAGGUUGGCAUUUGCAAAUAAAAGGCUAUUCAUACACACCCUUGAAUAUUUGUAAACGUAUAAAAGGGAAUUGGUAUCUGUAUAGAUGAUGACUUCGCUAGAUAUACAUAAUGGUUUAAAUUCACAUAAUAAAUGUGUAGAAAGCAGAUGUAUGUGAACUGAUACUUUUUCAUCUGCUAUUUCCAAUCAGGCCCAGUCAUUUGUGGCCAGAUCACAUCUUGUUCAGAUUUGAGGAAUAGCUGAGACCAGCUUUUACCCUCCCAUCUGUAAGCAUGGCCAGAGGUGAAGUUUCGUUCACAUCUCGAGCUGUUGAUAUGGAAGGGAGGGGAGUUAUAAUAUUGGGGGCAUGUUAUCCUUUUUGAGCCUUUAUCUUUAUAUUCAGCCAUCUCCAGCUGCUUGUGAUCUUGAGGCCCUGCAGACAUCUGGAAGAGGGAGAGGAGGAACACAUACAAAAGCAUGGUGGAAACUAAUUAUAUAACUCCCUGUGGCAGCCACUUCUGUAGCCAUUCUGUAUUCCUGGCUUUAACCACGUGGAGUUUCUUAAUACCACUGCAACUCCUGGUGGUCAAUUACUUAGCUCUCCCUUCCUACAGUUUCCACAAUCUAGUAUUCAGAAGCAUACUUUCUCCAACUGUGAAGGCAGUGCAUAGCCAUCAUGGCUGGUCGCUACUGAUGUUUUCUCCAUGAAUUCAUUCUAAUUUUCUUUUAAAGCCAUCUAUGUAGUGGCCCAAGUACCUUUUCCUCAGCAAGGAAAAAGAAAAAGUAUGCUCUGUUGUACCGGGACGCGGGUGGCGCUGUGGGUAAAAGCCUCAGUGCCUAGGACUUGCAGAUCAAAAGGUCAGCGGUUCGAAUCCCUGCGGCAGGGUGAGCUCCCGUUGCUCGGUCCCAGCGCCUGCCAACCUAGCAGUUCGAAAGUACCCCUGGGUGCAAGUAGAUAAAUAGGGACCGCUUACUGGCGGGAAGGUAAACGGCGUUUCCGUGUGCUGCGCUGGCUCGCCAGAUGCAGCUUUGUCACGCUGGCCACGUGGCCCAGAAGUGUCUCCAGACAGCGCUGGCCCCCGGCCUCUUAAGUGAGAUGGGCGCACAACCCUAGAGUUGGACACGACUGGCCCGUACGGGCAGGGGUACCUUUACCUUUACCUUUAUGCUCUGUUGUAAACAGAAACUGAAAACAUGGCCAUUGCAUUUCAAAUAGGUAUGUGAUCUAUUUAUCUCUUUGCAGGGAGCUUCUCUCUUGUCAAUGUUGAAAAACUAUCUCCACAGCGAUAUCUUCCAAGCUAGUAUUCAGUUAUAUCUGCAUGACCACAGCUAUGGGUCCACCCAAAGUGAUGACUUGUGGGAUAGCAUGAAUCAGGUAAAACUCUUGGACUAGGGGAGGGGAAGUGAACAAAGGUUUAUUGAUGUUACUUAGGUUGGCCACCACUGAAUUGUUCUGCAAAGUGUGCCAUGAUGGAUUUUGCUGGGAACUCCAUGUCUGCUUGUCCCGGCUCUUCCCCCUGGGAAAACCCGCUGAAUCGGAACAGGCAUCCAUUGGUUUUUUCUGUGAAUAGACAUUCUGAUUCAGCGGUAAACAGCGGGUUUUGCCCGGAAAAGUGAUGGGACAAAUGGGGGGGGGGGGCUGCUCUGAUUUAUGCUUAGGAAGCUUAGGUCACUUGGGAAACUUCUCAGACCUCUGCUUUUUAUGCAUAGGGCAAGCCCUGUCCCUAUCAGUGCCACAGUAAUCAGCAUGAAACCAAACAUGCAAAUAGCAUGUUUAUUAAUAUAUAUCCUUUAGUAACCCUGCAAUUUCAGAGUCAACCUUUUCUAAACAUGGGUUCUCUUGUACCUUAACGUGCCAAAAGGCAAGAAUGUGAACACAACAGUAGAAAAAAUAUUUCUUUGCCUGCAUACAUGAAUUGUUUUUAAUUCGAUUGUAAUAGUUAGCCUCUCUGAAAACCCUUGUUUAUUGUUGAAGAGUGUUGUUUAAAUUUAUUUAAAUAAAAUGUGUACAUGUACAUAACGCGGUCAAACAUUAUUCCCAUUUUGCAGAUAGGAAGCUGAACAAGCUAUUGAGCCCAGAGGCUCCGUAUAAGUCUGGCAGACCAUUCUUACUAGAUAUAGGUGACUGUUCCCCUGAUUAACUUGUAAGGGGGAGAAAAGAGGGACCCAAUCUGUGGGAGGAAUUUACUCUUGGAACUCUGGGUCUAAGCCAAUCACUUAAUGUGGCUUGGCAGGAUUUUCUUUUCCUCACUUGCCCCAUUCCCUGCCAGCCCUCGCUCCGAAAAUCAGUAAAUAAUAACAAUAAACAUUCUGUGGCAUUUAAAAUGUGUCUGUGGGAGGGGGCUUAUUAUGUGUUUGUAGUUUUAUGUUGUGGUCUUUGGAUAAAGGGCGGUAUGAAAACUUAAUAAAGGGCAGCAUAUGAAAAUUUAAUAAAUAAAUAAUAAAUGCUCAGUGGAUGUUCAGCCAUUCAGGAAUGAGCACAGUUGAAAGCAGAGGUGUAAAUACAGCAUUAAAACGGCUUCAAAGUUGAUGUUUGCUUGCUCUCUUGUUGGCUUCCACAAGUCUAUAGGUAGCCUGCCCAGCUUCUUGCUCCCUCUCUCUUGCGAAAAUGAUUGCCAGCUUGUUUUAGUUUCCCCCCAAAGACAGUAGAUUAGAAGAAGUGAUUAGUAACGCUCUGCUUUCGGCCAACAACCAAGAAGCAGCCUGUGGCCUUCAAACAACUUCCCCCUUUCAUCCUGCUUGUUUUCCUCAUGAAGAGGUAGCUUAGGCCUUCCUAAGACAGGCCUCUCUCUAGAAAACUGAGCCACACCCCAAAUAUAAUUUUCUGAAAUUAAAAUUUCAACUCUUAAAUGGGAAGUUUACUGUGUUGUGACCCAAGAUCCAUGGAUCUUUUCUGUUGUCUCUCAGAAGGGCAAAGAGACCUAAAGAUGACCUGCAGUUUAGUGCUUUGACUUUUUCUCUGUUUCUUGCUUUUCUCAAACGCUUCCACUGCAUAGCUGAAGCAGUGUGGAAAUAGGAAGGUAGAGUUCAGUUCCUGGACUUUUCUCUUCUUAAAAAAAAAAAAGGAACUAUCACUGAUAAACUUGGCAGUUACAAUUCUGUUUAACUACUUAAAACCCUGGUUUCACAAGGGUCCUUGUUGAUUGAAUUGAUUAGGCAGCUGUUGAAGGUAUCCCAUAAUAUAUUCUUCCUCAAAAGUUGAUUUUUCCUGUGCUUUCCUAGGUGAUAAAUGACACCCGUGUCGAUAUCAAAAAAAUCAUGAAGACCUGGAUUCUCCAGAAAGGAUUUCCUUUGGUGACUGUCAAAAGAGAAGGCAAACUGAUCCAUCUGCAGCAGGAGCCAUUUGUGCACAAUGUGGAAUCGGAAAAUCAGACCGUACCUGCCAGGUUCAUUUCUUUUUUUCUUAUAGUUAAACUCUGGUGAUUUAACUCUUCAGACAGUGUUUUAGCUUACGGAGUGAGGCUUCCAAAUGCUUACUGCUGAUGGCAAAUAAAUCCACUGAGGUGUGGUGUAAAUAUCAAGCUGAGUGGUACCCGGUCCAGCACAUCUGCCCAGGUUGGGAGAGAACAAUAGGAAAUGAUGGGAACUUGUUGGAGGGGUGGGUUGGAGAAUAGUAGCUCACUCACCUUCUAGUACACCUCAAAUCUGUUUUGAAACAUGGAUUAGAGGGGCAGUGACAAGUUAGAGAUGGAAGGUGGGCCUAUAAAUUGAUAAGGAAGAAGACACUUUUGGACAUGAAGGUGGGUUUAUACCGUCCACAUAGGAGUGUCUGGGUUGCUGGUGAAUCUAUUGGACAUGAGCUCUACUCUUUGCUGUUCUUUUUACACACGGAUUAUAUCAACAUUUUGUGGCAGAAACCUAAUUCAAGGAAGUAUAUUUUUUGACUAGCCAAGGUUGUUGGCAUUGCCGGGAAAGGCAAGGAGAUUAAAUGGGGGCGGGGGGCGGGACAUAAAAGUUUGUGCCAUAAAAUAAAGGUGGAGUAUUAAACUGGAGGCGUUUUGUACAUUCCAAGUUGCACAAAAGUGCAAAUGACUUGUAUCCACCCUCCCUGCAUACUUUUUCUGGUGUAAAAUGGAAUGUUGGAAUUGCUGAACUUCUCCGCAGAGAAAUCCGUGAAUUCCACCUCCUUUGUUAUGCUGGGAAAUGUCUUGCAUUUAGAAUGAUUGCCCCAAUCCCACGAAGAGCAGCUGAGGUUGCACAUGCAGAGUCUUUUUAAAAAGCUAAAACCCAGCUAUUCGGUAAAAAGAGGGGAGGUGACUACUGUGAUUUUUCACAUCUGUUUCUUUGCCUGAAACGAAGAAUGGCCCAAAUAUUGCAUAGUUGGAGAAUUUCUUAACACGUCACUGCUGAUUGUGGCAAUUGAAUGUCUUCGUGAAAAAAACCUUGUGUUAUUUGAAUGACACUUAAGGCCAAUUGCUACUUACAAAUAUAUGCAGUAAAGCAGAAUGGGAGGAGAAAAUUGAUUGAUUUUAAGUGUAUUACAUACCAUGGACAUAAGAGCUCCUUGUAGAUCCGUGGUUUUGUGUGUGCAUUUGUACAAAACUGAUUUGCUUCUACAAAAGCAAAUUGCGUAGUGAACCUGUAAAGCACAAGAUUUGUAGGCACAGGUUUGGUCUUGAUCUUUAUAACUGUACCCUCAACUAACUUUGUUAAGUUUAAUAAACAAUGCUUCUGCACACAAACAUAGGAAGAACUAUCAGUACAGUGGUACCUCUGGUUAAGAAUUCUUUCUGGAGGACUGUUCUUAACCUGAAACUGUUCUUAACCUGAAGCACCACUUUAGGUAACGGGGCCUCCUGCCACUGCGCUGCCACUGCACGAUUUCUGUUCUCAUUCUGAAGCAAAGUUCUUAACCCGAGGUAAUAUUUCUGGGUUAGCGGAGUCUGUAACCUGAAGUGUAUAUAACCCGAGCUACCACUGUAUCUGUUUUUUCUUUUAAGGUACAGUGCAUAAGCAAACACAGAUCUCCAGAUGUUUUGGAACUACAAUUCCCAUCAUCCCUGACCACUGGUCCUGUUAACUAGGGAUCAUGGGAGUUGUAGUACCAGAACAUCUGGAGGGCCGAGUUUGUCUAUGCUUGGGAUAAGCAAUCUUUAACACUGUGUAAACACUUUCUCCUCUUCCAGUUAUUUGUGGAGCAUUCCUCUUUCUUAUACCACCAGCAAUGGCAGCUUACCCUUCAGUUUUUACAAUUAUUUACUGCAGCAAAAGUCAGGUAUGUAUGUUUUUGAAGGCUUUUGUCCUCACAGAUGCUAAAGUCAACCAAUGCACAAAUACGUUCUUGAUGUUGAAUAGUUUUCCCCUGGAGAGUCUCCAGAGCCAAAUUAUGAGCAUCUUUCAGAAGCAUCAUCGUUGAUCUUUGAUGGCUAGUGUUGGAACAAGGGCAGGGGACUCUUUAGGGUUUAAUUUCUGUAAAAUAAAUGAUGAGUGUUCAGAGCUUAUAGUUAAGAAGGAAGAAAAGUGCAUAUGCCCUCAUUAUUUUGGGUUUGCAAUACAGUUCAUUUACUUCAUUUACAUAAUGCGUUUACAGUCAAAACACUUCUUUUUUUUUGGCAUGGUUAGGAAAGGGGGGCAUACCAAAAUGAUUAUUUUCUUAGUUGUAACAUGCUAAGCAUUUUAGGAUUUUAAACCUCUGAACUAGUACAAUCUCUGUAGCAACUAAAUUCUGUAGCUUCUGACUGGUUACACCUUGUUAACCAAGAGUGCAUGCAAGUCCUGCUUUCCGAACACCAUAUGCUCCCCAGAGAAUUGUUAGGCAAGCAUUUGCACAAUGGGCUGAAAUAAUUUCCAUUAUUUUCCAAGAGAACAUUUUAAAUCCAUGCUUUCUACUUCCACGCUUUCUGCCUGAAACUGCUGCAGCCAGUCAGCAGAAGGCAGAUAAAGAUUUGUCCAUUCUCUCCUGCUCCCUGAUUUGUCCAGUCUUUCUCCCUCCCUCCAUAGUUUCUGCCCAAAAUGGCUCCUGGCCACCAGCAAAACACAAACAAUUAAGGAAGUGGGCAAACUCUAUCUGUUUGGAUAUCUGAAUCAGCAGUAUGUAUAGUGAGGUUUAGGUAUAAUUCCUUGUGUUUGGAUAAUGGAGAUUUUGGAUGAGUUUUCUGAUAGCGGGCCCUGUGUGUAUUUUGUCCCUCACAGAAUAAUUAUGGCCAAUAGAAAUUUGUCCUAGAUUUUUAGCGGUAGUAAUCUUUUUACAUUUGGAUACAUUUUGUCCCCCCCAAAAAUAUCAUCUAAUUUUCAGGUGCAUUUUAUUUGAAUAGUGUUCCCUCCCUGACUUUACUAGUGCUCACUUCUGAUUUGGCUCUUCAUGAGUUGGCGUACGUUAGAGCAGGGAAAUGUUUCACAUUAUUAUUAUUAUUUAUUUAUUAUUAUUAUUUUACUGGCGGUACUUGUAUAUGACUUUGGGAACUUGAGAAAGUUGAAGCAUAACACAAUAAAAAUACUUCUUAAUAGUAAAGCAUUGGUAGGAUUUGUUCCCUGACAAAUGGAAUAUAAAUAAUUGCAAGAAACAAAUAGUUUAAAUUGCAUUAGCUUCUGGUGUCUAUAGAAUAUAAUUUUUUAACCAAGAUUGCAACCAAAGUUUAGAACAUGAGACUUGAAAAUAUACAUUUUCCCGGUUUGGAUUAAUUAUGAGCCAAUCCCAAAUCACUUCAAAGGUCAAACACAGCUUAACAUUAGUACAACCUUCUUUCCCUCAGACAUUAACGUGGUAGCAGCAGUGAGGAGUAGCUGAAAUGGCCUUCAUUUGUUAGGUGCCAGGAUGCCUGGAAAUUGCAGCUUCUUUUAGGUCCUCAGUAAAAUUGUACUUUCCAAAAAUCCUGCCACCAAAGCAUAUUCUCAGCAGCAUCCCAGCACCAGGAUUUAUGGAAAGUAAUUUCUCAAGGCUUAUAUUUCUUGACAAGGCUUUGGAAACCUUGGAAAUCUACGAUACCCUAGAAGCAAAUUGUCUGGGACUGUGUUCCUGUAGCAUCUAGGGGAAAAUGAAGACUGAAGUCUUUCUGUACUGCUGCCAGGCAAGGCUUUUAUGUUUUUGUUGUCAAGAAGAGUUUGAGUUGGGAAGGCCUCUAGGUCUGCUUUAUUUUCUCGGUGGAUGAGGCAGCUCAGGAAGGGUUGGAGAGGAAGUUUUGCAUUCCCAGUGACAUCAGGAGCCUAGUCAAACCUAGAGUCCAGAAUGGGUCUGAGCAUAAAAUGAACUCAAUGGUCCAUCACGAGUAGUUGUUUUUUUUAACCAGGUUAGGAUGUGGAAAAGCAAAACUAGUUCAUCUAAAUAGGGGUCUUCCAGCUGCUUUUGGACUGCAGUUCCCAUCAUCCCUGACCACUGGUCCUAUUAGCUAGGGAUGAUGGGAGUUGUAGUCCAAAAACAGCUGGAGACCCAAGUUUGGGAAACCUUGAUCUAAAUGAAUAAAUGCUGUUAAGCCCGAAAAGGACUUAUGUGACUCUCAGCUAAUUAGUGAGCUGUUCUCCUUGUGUGCCUCCCUUGAGACGAACAGUUCUUUGAUGUGUAGCCUAAACCUACCUUCUGUUUGCCUGGAGGUACAUUCUUGGAUAUAGCAGACCUGCUUCAUGGUAGAAAUUGGAAUUAAGUUUGUAAUGGAUAGCUUUCUGUAACCUGGCUCCUCUAAAAUAUAAAAGGAUGGGGCAAUGGUGCCAACCACAGAGACUCAAGUAAUUCACUUCUGGACAGAUACAUUUCUAUAAUUGAAAACUGGUUUCCAGAGAAGAUGAAAGCAGCGUGUGUUAAAAAUAUAUACAUAUCCCACUGCCAAAAUCCAGGCUGCUGCAUAGUUGAGAAGUUAAAUAUGCUAAUGAAAAGCAGUAAACCUAUUUUAAGGAGAAAGGGUUUAAACGAAUGCCAUCCACAACAUUUUCUGGAAAAAGCAUGCAAAAAUGUACUGUCGGUAGGUAAGUUGACUUACAAAAUAUAUCUUUGUACUGGGAUUAACUUUAGAAAGCUUUAUACAAGGAUGGGAUUCCUCCCCGUUUUUUUAUAUAGUGUGAGGUGAAAUGCAAGACUGGAUUCAACACAUUAAUAUGCCUAUCAAAUGUGCUAAGUUCUCUGCAGUUGAUUCUUUUUUUCUGGCCCAUGUGGCCAUUCAGCAGAUAAAUAAAACUGAGUACUUCCUGUCACCUCUGUAGGUUGAGAGGGAGUGAUCCUAUGGGAGGUCUCUGCCAGCAUUACUGUUAAUAGCCUAUCAACACAGUAUUAACUUUGGGAAUAGGUUAUGUGCAUCAGAUCUUGUGAUGCAUGACAUUUCACAGCACGACCUCGAGCUUUAGUUAUUUACUCUCUUCCCUUUUACACGGCUGCUGGGUCAAUUGCAGGUAGCAGGGCAGUUUGCAUAGGUAUUUUGCUAUGUUGCCAUGUGUAGCGGCAUGCAGUAAAGGCACAUCUGUCCAAUGAAGGCUUGCCGUGCACACUGUCAUCGUCUCAGGUUGAUCGCUGAUAGUAUUGGCUGCAAGUCAGUUGUAGCUAAGAGGUGCUCUGCAGCUGUAAUCAUUGGCUGGCUCCUACUGCUCCCACCCAGUAAAAUUCAGGAAGGCAGAGAGCUUCUUAAAUGAUGCCAGUGAAGUGUUAUUGCCCUGAUAUACUCCUAGAAAUUUGCAAGUGAUCUGAAGACUGUAUCAGUUCAGUGCUUUCUUACUCUCCUCCUUUCCCCCCUUUCCUAGAUGCCGUUGAACUUCCAGGUGAUACGCAGUGGGUGAAGUUCAAUGUAGACUCAAAUGGUUACUAUAUUGUACAGUAUGCGGAAAAGGACUGGACUGCUCUAAUUGACCUGCUGAAGACGGAGCCCACUGCUCUGAGUUCCAGAGACAGAGCCAAUUUGAUCCACAACAUUUUUAAUCUGGCAGGGUAAUUCUUUAAAGUUAUUACAUUGAACUGUGAUAUAAAGGGUAAAGGGACCCCUGACCAUUAGGUCCAGUUGUGGCCGACUCUGGGGUUGCAGCGCUCAUCUCGCUUUAUUGGCCGAGGGAGCCGGUGUACAGCUUCCGGGUCAUGUGGCCAGCAUGACUAAGCCGCUUCUGGCGAACCAGAGCAGCGCACGGAAACGCUGUUUACCUUCCCGCCAGAGCGGUACCUAUUUAUCUACUUGCACUUUGAUGUGCUUUUGAACUGCUAGGUUGGCAGGAGCUGGGACCGAGCAACGGGAGCUCACCCCGUCACGGGGAUUCGAACCGCCAACCUUCUGAUCAGCAAGCCCUAGGCUCUGUGGUUUAACCCACAGCACCACCCGCGUCCCUCGAACUGUGAUAUAUCUGUCCGUGAUAUAUCCAUCUUCAAAUCCAGAGUCUUAAGAACAAACCUUCUAGGAAAGGGGCGGGGAAGCUUUUCUGGCCCACGGGACAUAUCUUUAUCUCCCCACUGCUGGUAGGCAAGGCUGCUCAUCUGUCAGUCACCUGAAAGUCCAGGUUGUUGGGACUUCACUGUGCAGUGGUGGGCUAGUUUAGAGCCUUUGGUUUCAGCACAAUUCCAUGCAAACCCCUUCUGAUCCAGUAACUGGGUUUUCAUGGAAAACCCUGCUAAAAGGGAGAGUUUUUCUUCUUUAUUUUAGUAGGUGAUGCAGGGUUUAAAUCCUUCCGCCUUGGCUGCAUGUGCUUGGUUCUUGCUGGGAACAAAUGCACACAGCCAUUGCAGGAUUUAACCCUUCCUUCUGCCCAUCUGCUGAUGUCACGAGUGAGCAGGUGAGUGUGGUUAGAGGAAAUGACCUUGUGGGUCAAAUUGGACUGCCUGGUGGGCCAGUGGAAUAAAGGAGAACCUUAUCUAAUCUGGAUGAGUUAAUUAUUUUUUACCUUUUGUUAUCCUAGAUGUUCACUGUUGCGCAUAACGAAACUCUUUAAGUAUGAAAUUGCAAAGGUUUUAGUUUAGGAUCCUUCUGUUAAGGGCAAGAUAUGGCGAGUUUGCAAGAAGAGUGAAAGAUGCAGGAAUUUAGUCCAGUGGUGUUUGUUAGAUCUUAACAGCACUUUGGAUUUGGGGGGCUUAUCAAUAGAAUGCUAUAAUGAAUCAAACUUAUCUUCUGUUAUGGAGGUUUUGCCUCCAGAAUGAAUAAAUAAAUAAAUCUAAUAAUAUGAAGAAAUAAAGCAAAACAAUUUUAUAUUUGAAGAAUUUAUAUCCUGUACCACAAACAAGUUCUUUUACAUUUGUUUAGGCUUAUCAGAAUGCUUGACAGUAUCUUCUUCUUGUUGUUUUUGAUGCCCCCUUUAGACUAGGAAGGGUGUCUUUGGCCAAAGCCUUUGACCUGAUUGACUACCUAGUGAAAGAAAACAGCACUUCUCCAAUCAUACAAGCAUUGGACCAAAUGAACCGUAUCUUCAACCUAGUUGAAAAAAGAGGAAUGCAGACCCUUUCAGCAAGAAUAUUGGUAAGUUACUGAAAGCAGGCAGGUGGUGGAAGCUAGAUAUGAAGUUCAUAGUAGGGCAAAAUAGUUUGUACUACAUGGAAGGACAAUUUCUAAAUCAUACUGUUUUGUUGUGGUUAGUGUUAGAAUGUUGGAUGGGUUGCUUAUGAGCUUUCAAUUUAAAAGCACGUUGUUUUUCUCAGUAGUAAAUGCCUCAGUAGUAAAUUCUCAGAUGUAAAUGCCAUUUGUAACUUCUGAACCCCAACUGCAAAGAGAUGGAUACCUUAGAUAAAAUAGAAGAGCAGCUGGUUUUUUGGUGUUCCUUUAGAGUGGCUGGGGAGACCCGGCCCGGUGGGUGGAAUAUAAGUAAUAAAUUAUUAUUAUUAUUAGGAUCCUCUUAAAUUUGUAACCAGCUGCUUUUUGCUCUGUAGUCAUAUACCAAAGGAGGAGAGCAUCUAUUCGUGUCCAUCCCAAACAAACCAUUUAGUCUUUAAGGUGCCACAGCAUGCAUUUUUGUAACAUUUCGACCAUGCAGAAAGCAUACACCUUAACAAUCAAAUAAUUUGGUUCCACAUGAAUCUGCUGAUUAUUAUUAUUCAGUGAUAAUGUGGAAUGUGUGCCUAGCAGAACUGUCAAACUGUUUCAGCUCAUGAACUCUGGAAACCAGACAAAUAAAAAAGAUUUUAUUGAAAGUGGGGUUGGGUUAAAAAAAAAAGUCUAUGAAAGUGAGUUAAAGAUGGUGUGACUGGUUUUAUGUGCCUUUUAAUAUAAUUCAUAUAGAUUUGAACUAGCCUAUUGAGCCGCAGGUCAUUCAAAGACUCAUUGGGCUCAUUUUGGUGCCAGUUGAGAAUUGAGCACAUGUAAGACAGUGAGGAAAUUCUCUUCAGAACUGAAUGGCAGACCUGCCAGAAGGGAGCAUUAGAUACAGGAGUGUUGCAAGGAGCUGUGUGAUUUGGGGGAUGUUUGCAGUUUAUAGUCUCCAACCUAGCACAGGCUUGUUGUGACAGAGUUUGCAUAGUGAAAACUUUUCCUCUUUAUUCUCCAGCAUAAGAUGUUACAACUAUUUAAAGACAAGAUUAAUCAACAGAAAUGGACAAGUGAUGGGACCCUUUCAGAACAAGAGCUGAAGUCAAGUCUGCUGACCUUUGCCUGCACCCAUAACUUGGAAGACUGCAGCACGGAUGCUACCAAGCUAUUUAAUGAAUGGAAAGACUCCAAUGGCACAAAAAGGUAAAAGACAGACUUGCUCUUUGGUUCAAGUUGCCUCUUGUGUACUAUGGCAUUCAGAAAUAGUUUUCUAUUACAUAGUCUCAAUGCAGUCAAGCAUCUUGCAGCCUGACGGGUUUAAAUAGAAAUAUGGAUCAGCAUCUCUUAGAGCUGUGGUUUUGCUCCCUCAGGUGAGCUACUCAUGAUUAAGCAUUCUCCAGCUUUAUAUCAGGUGAAGGGAACCUGAUCUGGCUUGUGGGCCAGAUUCUCAUCUCUUCAUCUUCUCACAGACAACAUAGGAAAAUUGGCUGGAGCAGCCUUCAUGUCACCCACCUGACAUCACAGUGGCAUCAGGUGAUGAUCGUCGGGACUUGAAAGCACCACACAGGGCUUUCAAAGAGCCCUCCGUGGUGCUUUCAAAGUCCCGCUGAUCAAGCUUGAAGCCAACACUGAUGGGCAACGAAUUCAGGCCUGCUUCUGGAGGGAUCAGCUAUGCAGUCCAACUCCCCAUGGAUGUCUCUACCUGCCUCACUCCUGAUGUUUCAUAGGCUUCUUUGCAGCAGCUGGAGAAGCUUUGUGGCUCCAUGGGCCAGAUCCUUAUCAGGAUCAGCCACACGGGCCAAAUUUGACAGGUAAGUGGGACCUCCCACCUGUCAAUCACAUGUCAUUUGGAUAAUAAUAAUAAUAAUAGGGACACGGGUGGCACUGUGGGUUAAACCACAGAGCCUAGGACUUGCCGAUCAGAAGGUCGGCGGUUCGAAUCCCCGUGACGGGGUGAGCUCCCGUUGCUUAGUCCCUGCUCCUGCCAACCUAGCAGUACGAAAGCACAUCAAAGUGCAAGUAGAUAAAUAGGUACCGCUCCGGCGGGAAGGUAAAUGGCGUUUCCGUGCGCUGCUCUGGUUUGCCAGAAGUGGCUUAGUCAUGCUGGCCACAUGACCCGGAAGCUGUACGCCAGCUCCCUUGGCCAAUAAAGCGAGAUGAGCGCCGCACCCCCAGAGUCAGCCACGACUGGACCUAAUGGUCAGGGGUCCCUUUACCUUUACUACUACUACUAAUUUUAUUAUUUAUACCCCACCCAUCUGGUUGAGUUUCCCCAGCCACUCUUGGAUCACUUGCACAUUUAAAACUCCCAGGGAACCAUGUGGAGACGUGCAAAAGACUUUGCGUAUCUCCACACACUUCCUCUUUAAACCCUGCUUUUUGGAGGAUUAAAGGGGCGGAUCACACAGACUUGCAAAGGCUUUAGGGCAGCCUCCACGCUCCCAUUUGAGCUUCUGGAGGCUCAGGCCAGGAGCAAGGGAGCUGUCUUAAAGCCCUUUGGAAAAGCGCUGUUUGCAGCAGCCAAAUCCUCUUCAUCAUUGAAAUGUGGGAGAGACUACUGCCCACCUGCUCGCAGCAAUGGUUAGAGGAGAAGUGGUGAGGAAUGGCUGCUUUGCAGAGAGCUGGUCCUUUGCAAAAGUGCUCUUUAUAGCAGCUCUGCUUUUCCUUUAAGCGAGUGGGUGGUGAUGGGGAGUCUCCUACCACUUCUGCCACACAAACACACACAUACUGACUAAAGGGUUUUCAUCCCUGAUAAGCAGUGGCGAAAUCCUCCUGCCUUGGCUGCUAUAUCCUAUUCUGUGCUUGGAACAGGGCAUAUAGCCAGUGUAGGAUCCCUGUCCUCCCACUCAUCGGACGACUUCAAAUUAGCCUCUUGGUUAAGGACUUACUGAGAUAAGCCAUGGUUCAUAUCAUGUUUACUAGUGCUUUGAUGUGACUUACUCUUUUUAGGCUGUUCUUAUAAAGGUUUGCACUUUCUCUCUGUAGCCUGCCAACAGAUGUUAUGAAGAUCAUAUUCACAGCCGGAGCAAAAACUGAAAGUGGCUGGAACUAUCUUUUAAGCAUGUAUGCAUAUUUGGUGUCUGAACCAGAAAAGCUCAAAAUCCUUGAAGCAUUGGCCAGUGCAGAUGAUGUUAAAAAACUGAUAUGGUAUGAAGCCGCAUAUAUUACACAUAUAAUCAUAAAGAAAAUCCUAAGAGCAAUUUCUAUAUGUCACUGUAAAAGGAAGUCUAAAAAAUAUGUGCAGCAUUUAACACACCUUCCCAUCUUUGCACUGACAAGAGAGAUUUCACUCAUUGACUUUAAUGUCAGGGCAAGUUUUGACUUGGCAGCAGCUGUAUGUGGUGUGUGUGUGUGUGUGUGUGUGUGUGUGUGUGUGUGCGUGCAUGUGUGCAUGCAUGCGCGUGCUUUCUCUCCCUGCUUUAUGGACAUGUGUUAUACAUUGCUUCAAAACUUGAGGCUACAAGUUACCUUUUCUUGUGCUGUCCUUCCUUGAAAUAUUUAGGUAUACUUGUAGGAACAAAUUUCUAGAAUAAAGCGUUUAGUGGACUCAUAGAAUUGUAGAGUUGGAAGGGACCACCAGGGCUAUCUAGUCCAACCCCCUGCGAUGCAGGAAUGUUUUAUCCAACAUGAGACUCGAACUCACGACCCUUCCAGAAAGUUUUUCAGUUGGCAGUUUGAAAAACAUAUGCUUCUAAUUUUCAGUUGCAAGGUUACUGAGGUGUUUUUAUUCGAAGUUUCUGUAUUUCACUUUUUGUCCAAUAAGUAUAGAAAAGUUUCCAGCAGCAGGCAGCCUGAUAAAAAACGACACAUUUUAUAGGACAUCCCAGCUAAAGAGUGGUUCAGAUUUCUUUGCUGAAUGAAUGGGCAGGUAGUAUUUGCAUAUACAAACGUAGACAUUUUUAGUUGUGAGAUGGCCCUCACUGGCCCUGCCCCCUUACAGUAUCUGUUAUAAAUUGUCUAGAUCUCUAAAAAGAAUGCACAUUUGCCUAUAAUCUGACUCUGUUUUGCUUCAUAGGUUAAUGCAAACAAGCCUGGAAGGAAGCAUCAUCAGAUCGCAGGAUCUUCCAACUGUUAUAACAACAGCCAGUCAGAAUUUGCCUGGACACUUAUUAGCAUGGGAUUUCGUUAAGGAGAACUGGGAUCAGCUUAUAAGGAAGUAAGGCUUUCCUUGAGUUCUUGUAAUAAAAUUCUGUCUUUAUCCUUCCUUCUGCUACACACAUAUACAGAGAGAGACGUGUACAUAUAAAACAGGAUUUUUACUGGCACUAAAUAAGCAUGCCGUUCAGGUCUUGCCCUAGUGCCUUGGGUGUCCUUGUCGUUGCUGUUUAGAAUAAACACCUACUGAAUAAAAGAUUUCAGCACUAUAGCAUGAGCUACGUGGAGACUUGCUGGGUUGCUGAAGCUGCAUGCAAAUCACAGUAAGUCACCAAAAGCACAUUUCACUGCUACUUGAGUCUUUUACUUCUUUUGAAACACCUUAAAGCAUCUCAAAAACUCAACAAAUUUAUUGUGGCAUAAGCGUUCCUGAACUACAGUCCCAUUUCAUCAUACGCAUGAAGUUUCAGGCACAUGCACAUAUGGCUGGGGGUAGAUCAGAAGGAGAGGAAAUGCUGAAAAGUGCAGGCACUCAUGUUGCGGAAUUGUAGCUAUUUAUCAUUCUUUGUGCCAGUUUAUUUCCUUCGGUGUCCCCGGUAUAAUUAACCUGUUGUCUUUUGAUCUAUAAAAAGAGUUGUUCUCAGUGUGUGCUCUCUGGCUUUGUUCAUUGUCCUCUGUAAUUGUGAAAAAUACUGAACUUAUCUGACCAGAGCCUUAUUUUAGUUGAAUACUGAACCACUUUUAGUUUUGGGGUUCAGCUGAGCAGGAUUCUGCCUGAGCCACCCCAAUUGUUGCACGGAUCUCAAAGGCAAUUCGGGUUGAUUUGGAUGUUUAAAAGCCUCUGCAAGGCUGCCUUUCAUGAAAACCAUUGCAGCUAUCCUUUGGCAAAGUGAUAGGACUUGUACCUUCAAAAGAACCGCCAUGCCUGCAGAUUUCACCCCAUUCUGCCAAAAAAGAAAGUUGUAGACCAUUCAUUUUGUAAAAAAAUAAUAAUGCAUAGAUAAAACACCAAAGGUGUCCUGUAAGUCCAUAAUUAGGUAGGCUUCAUCUGCUUAGGAGGGGCUACUGUGACUACCAAUUUCAUCUAAUUCUUUCAAAAGGGAAAAAGUUAUAGCCUUUAAAAAAAGCCCUCAAAUGGGAGAAGACAAUGCACAGGGUGUGUGUUUUUUUUCAAAUUGGGUAUCAGAUUUGGAUCCCUAGAUUAAUCAGAGAGCCUUCAAAGUGCUUUGGGCCAAAUCAGACUGUUUUCUGGAGCAUUGAAUCAAGGUCCAAACGGUGUCUAGCAUAGUCAGUGCACACCGUUACUUACUUUGUAUGGCUAGUAGUUUAGUGACCAGGAGUAACAGAUUUCUUUAAAUGCUGAUCACUUUUAAGAACGUUAAAUACUCUUAAUUCACCAUGAGCUCCCAAAAUAGGUAAGGCAUGAAUUGAGUUAAAUAUGCUUUGAAUAAACGUUUGAUUCAUUCUCGUAAACUUCAGGUUUCACCGUGGAUCAUACACCAUGCAAAGUAUUGUGAUUGCGACAACUUGUCAGUUCUCAACACAAGAACAUCUGCUUGAGGUUUGUUUGAAUAAAGUAUUCCGAAGAGUGUUGGGGGGUAGGAAUUAUAAAAUAGAAGCUGGAACAUUGCAUAUUGCUCUGUUACUGCUGGCUUUUAGUAGCUGUGUAUUCUUGGUACACAGCAAUGUGGAAGAUGACAUUUAAAGUUUGAGUACUGCUGGUGAAUUAACUGCCUUUAAUCACACAAGUAAAAUAAGGAGUUAAUUAAGCUUAAGGUUGGAAGGGACCUCAAAAGUCAUCUAAUCCAACCUCCUGCUAAUGCAGGAAAUCUGUUCCUCCAUCCCUGAUGGAUGGCUAUCCCAGCCGCUCAAAAGCAUCAAAUAUAAUAGUCUACCACCUUCUGAGACAGCCUCUUCCGCAGUCCUUCAGGAAGUUAUUCCAAAUGUUUACGAAAAAGGGAGAUUUCAAUAAAUAGUUUGGAUUUUUAAAAUUUACUUGGUAUGCAUUGGUGUAACUAGGACUAAAUUAGAAUAGGCAAAUUGUCCAAGUCCUAAAUGAAGGCUCCUCCUCACCACCAACCCCCCUGUUGUGCCACUUGGAAGCACAGGGGUGAAGUUAGGUUUUUUUAUUGUCCUUACAUAUUCCUGUUACGUGCGUUGCUUCUGCAGGUUAAGACAUUCUUCGAAUCCAAGUCGGAGGAGACUGCUCAGCUACGGUUUGUUCGAGAGGCCAUUGAGAGGAUUCAGCUGAAUAUCCAGUGGAUGGAGAAGAACUUGGAGACGCUGGAAAAAUUACUAUAGUGAUCGCAUCCAACAGAGUCCGCGUUAGCCACUUAGAAUGUGGCAGUUCUUGCUCUUUUGUGCAAAAAGGGGCGUGUGCGAAAAGGGACAGUGCAACUUGCUUUGCGCUGCGAGGGUUAGAGUUAGCUCAGGGUACAUCUCUUAAGUUGGCACUCUUUGCAGUGCUUGUAGACAAGAGAGAGAGUUGCUAAUCUAAGGGAAUGUUCGUUCAUUGACCAAACAUUCACGCAAAACAAAGACAGUAACUUGUCAUGGAGCCUCCCUUCCAUCAUAGGAAAAUCCAGUUCUACUUUCUACAUAUUGAAUGAAAGUUGAACAACAGCAACAAAAAAGAGCAGCUAAACAAGAACUCUCCCGUGAUCUGUUUUCUCUCUUUGCAGGGUGCUGUUUAAUCAGACUUCCUCAAUGUCUGUAGCUUCUUGAAUGGUAAAUACCGUACCCGCUCUGAAGCACGUUUUUUAAAAAAACGAUUAUAAGCAGCUGCUAAGACACACAAUAUGGAAGUGAACAACUAAAGUGAAAAUGUUAGAUGUUGGGAAGCUCUGAGUUUCGUUUUAUCAAAGUAAUUUCUAGACAUUAUGCAAAUAUCAGAAAUAAUAUAAUUAUUGGUAGAAAUCUCUUAUUUUUGUCUGCAACAUGGCUGGAUGCUACCAGUGCCACGUAGUGAACAGCUUUUUUUGCAAAUAGCUUUGUGAGGGGAGUUUUCAGUGUGCAAUUGAUCAGAGUAAAACCCCAAAGAUUUUGACUCCUAUCUCAUUAGGGUACUUACAAGAAAACCAGUUUCCAUUGUUGUUUGGCUGACGCUAUAGAACAGAGUGUUCUGAUUGUUCUGGUUGAUUUGAUGUUUUUUAAAAACUGAUUUGACUUGAUUUACUUCUCCCAGAGGAUCAUCAUUAAUACAUGCUGUGGAACCUUGUUAAUCUCCAAUAUUUAAGUGCUACAGCGUUCCACUUUUCUAUGUUAUAUUAGCCCAAUACAGUAAAGCUCACUUCAUUUCCUCGUAAGUUGUCCCGUGAUUUAGAAACAGCUGAUAAUAUAACUUCGAAACAAAUGAGCCAAACUAAGGGAAAUGGCCAAAGGUUGUGCGGUCUCAGUUUUUGAAACAGCUUUGGGCUACUAUGAAGAAAGUCAUGAUAAUUUGUUCAAGAGAAGCAUUCAGAACUUACCAUGCCAUAGUUUUAUUUCGCAGCGCUUUCAGUGCAUAUCCCCUCUGCAUUGAUUUCACAAUAAAUGCAGUGAAAUAGUGGCUUUUUCAGAUAGGUUGAAAUUUGCAAGAAGAGGAGAAAAAUAAUUGUAUACAUUAAAGUAAUAAAGAUUUAAUACUUCUGGGUCUCUAGUAGACUGAAGUAGAAAUUCAUCAGUUUCUGCUUCACUUUCUAAAAUGGCCUCAGAGCUUCUCAUCUUUCAGUGGAAAACAUGACCAUGCAUUCAUUCUUUGAUUGGGAGGAGAUAAUUAUUGUCAUGAACUAUGGUUGUUGGUUAGUGCUUGAAUGGCUGUACUUUCUCCCCUCUUUCUGGCCUGUAGUCCACUCCUGCGACUUCACCCCUUUCAUCCCCCCCCCAUAAUAGCACUGAUGGUCAAGAUUCUGUUGCUUCCUUUUUUGUUUAAGGGCAGGGAGUCACUUGAGGCUGUCCUCUAUUUAUAUAUAGAUGCGCUUGCUACUGGAAAUGUGAAAUGUACUUGAAAAUAUAGUGCACCUGCCUUCUAGAAUUAAGACUGUAUUGUUUAAAUUAAAGCGCUGUUGGAUUAAGAGUAUUUUUCAAUUAUUUAUUUUUUAAAUAAUGGGUUUUGGAAUGUGUGACAUUUUCUAUUUAAACAAUAUUAAUCAAACUUGUCUGGACUUAGGAUUCAGUCUGUAGGAGAAGCUAUAAAAACUCGUCAAUCUUCCAGAAAAUACUAGUGAGAUCAAGGUUUAAUGCCAAUUGCUGGGUACCAUAAUUACUUCACUGCAAACUGGAGGGAUUAGAAUCCUCCCCCCAUUUUAUUUUAUUUUUUGUAAAUUCAAGCUGUAAGUGGCAGCUCACAGGUAUUGUAUCUUGUUUUAACCUAAUCUGAAUCUGUUUUGUGGUGUCUCUUUCAGGAGAAAAAUGCACUGUAGUAAUAGAGUAUAUAUUUUCACUAGCUGAAUUAUAUGUGGAGUUAAAGAGUUUUCUACUGUGUUUAAGAGAAAUCUAGGGCUAAUGUCUAGUUUGGGUGUACUCCUUCUUUAUGGUAAAUUUUCUGUUCCGUUAAAGUAAUUGACUUUGAAUUGUGCUCAAGAUUCAUUUUUUUAAAGAUUGUUUUUCUAAAAGCAAUCACCUCAGUGUAGAAAUAUAGUUUAGAAAUUUGAAAACUGUGUGUGCCCCCCCACUUGUUAAUCAAAUACUGAAUUUAAUUUUAAGCUUUUCUUUGAGGAUCUUGUAUGAAAAGAAUCUGAAUGGUAUCGGUCUUGGUUCUGCUUUUAAAUCAAAUAGUAAUGAUUCAUGUGCCUUAGAGUAUAUUGUAAUGAUUGCACAAGGAAUAUGUUAAUGAUAUAUAAAAAGAUGUCUGUUUAUUUAAAAACCCUCCAUUCGCAAUAUUUUACGGCCAUAGAAAUGUGUAAUUAUAUGCAUACUCGGUGAUAGGAAAACUGCAUUCAGAAGUACUUUCUGGUUCUUUUGAGACUGGGAGUCAAGGAACAUAAUUCACAUUUCUGUGGUGCUCCAUUGUGCAGCCAUGGAGCUUUUACACCAUCCGGUGAAUUGCCUGUUCUUUUCAGUGUUAGGAAAUGUGUUGUGCACAUGACACUGGAAACAUAGAAGUAUGCUUUUUUGCUAUGUAUGCAUCCAAGCCCUGGAUUUGGGGGAUUGUAACAAAAUAGGCUUCCAUCCAAAUCGUCUGGCUUAGCCAAUUUAUAGGUAGCACCUCCAGCUGUUUUGUCUUCACACAAUUUAAGCACAACUUCAAUGUUACAUAGUUAGACUUAUUGCCGCCCCCCUUGGGUAAAUGUUAUCCAGCUAUUUAAAGAGAAAUACACACAUAGAAACAUGUAUCUACCAUGUAUGUACCACACACCUAAUGUUCACAAAUAGAGAGUUAUCUUCUGUACAUCUUCUUUAAAUGAAAACCAGAUGCCCAUUGUUCCAGUGAUGUUCACCCAUUUAGUGUGAUGUCUUAUAAACAUACAGCUGUAUUCACCUAGGUUCCUCUUUCAGAUUUGGGGGGUUGAGGUUAGCAGAGCAUGCAACGUUGCGAAAGGGCUGCCAACCACAGUCCUCCUCUGCCCCCCACGAGUUUAAUGAAAGCAGGAUGGGGGUUGUGUGUGAAAAGCUUAAGACUCAGUUACUUAGAACCAACUGGUGACAGCCAUUUAUCAGCUUUUUGUGUGUGGUGAGGUGAAUGGUACAAAAAAGCCCCAUCUCUCCUACUGCCUUCGGAUUGCGGCUUCCACAUGUCAUCAGGCUCAAACGUUAGGAUUUUAUCGUGCAGAAUUGUACCCUCAGAAACAAAGGGGAAAUGUGUGGCGCUUAUAAACAAGUUUUGAGGUAAUAUCUAAAAAACAUUUGUGUUUUGAGCUCCUGUGCAAACUUCAGGUAAUUCUGGAAAAUGCUGCACGAAUAUCCGUUCACAUUUAAAGCUUCUGAACGGGUGGAGAACUUUGAAGGGGAAAGAUGUGCUCUGUUCUUAGAAUUCCCUGAAGUGGUCACAGUAGCUAGAAACACACCAAAUGUUCAUAGAGAAAUCUUCAGUAAAGUUGUUUUUAAAUGCCUUGAAACACCCCUUCUGUGUGUCUUUAUUGUUAGAUACAAUUCAGGAAAGGAGAGGGAUACACAGAAUAUAGGAUAUCUGAAAUCUCAAAGUCUCUCAGAAGUAUCAAGCUGCUUAUAUUUGCAGAAUCAGCUUGGCUGAAGUUAAUCUCACAAAGCUGCUGCAUAUACCUGCAUUUUAACUGUAAAAUCUGUAUGUAUCUAGCUGUGUGAGUGAGGCGUGGGGAUGUAGGGAUGGAUAUGGCAGGUUUGUAAUGGAUCCUGUUGCUUAAAAAAGUUGCCUCCUCCAUUACAUCUUGCCAUAUGUGAAAUCAGGCGUGCAUUGUAAGGGUAAUACUCUUAAGGAAUGUGGCCUUAAUUUUUCCUUACUAGCACCAUGCUGCAGGAUGCUGACCUUUGAGCUGAUUUUGUAUUUAUAUUGCUGUGUAUCUUUCACCUGUUCUCCAUUAGAACAUUCCUCCUCCUGAUAGAUUGGCUUUCUUAAAUCUCUUCUGGAAGAUGUUAUCUUUCAUUGCACUCUGAAAUUUAAAAGGUUGCCUCAUUUAAGUGUGUGCUUUGUAUGCAUUUCAUGAACUUAAACUCCAGUGAAUUUUUAGAUACGUGUUCCUUAAUUUCAGUUUCAAAGGCUUUGCUUAGAUGCAUAAAAUAAUCCCCCCUUUGCCCCCAUGCACACACUUUUUUUAAAACGCAUGGGUAAACUCUGCUUUGCUCUGAUGCUCCUAAAUGUUUACAAUGUUUUAUCCUUUGUUUAAUGAAAUGUUUAAAGUUCUAGCCACCUUAAAAAAAAUUUUUUUUUGCCAUAUUAAGUUCUCAGGUCUUAGCCUUCAAUAACUUAAACCUCCCAGAAUUGCUGUGUUACUUAAACCUGCUGUUUUGAAGUAGAAAUUCAGAUCUUUGCACAUGACAACAUCUCUUUGAUCAAAAGCAAUGGUCUGGCAUCUUUUUUAAGUUAGUCAUGGCACCAUGUAGCAAAUUACUGUAAAAAUCUAAAAUAGUUACCUUUUUUAAAUUGGAAUGAAUGAUGGAGUCUGAAGUCUUUUAAUUUGCAAAGUCUUCAGAAAAAGAGAGAGUGGAUUUGAGAGUAAAUUUGCACCAGAUCCGUAGUUAUAUUGAUAACAAGAAGUUGGCUUUAAUAAUGGUAACAUCAAAGUAUUUCUGGAAUAUCAACUGCAACAGGAAUUUUUUCGAACCUUGCAUAGUAUAAGAGUAAAAGACCCAAGUUGUACAAUAUUACGUUGAGGAGAAGGAUUUUUGAAAAUGGUAUGCAUAUGUACAUGUAUAAGCGUUAUAUGCAAAUUUUUGGUUUUCCUUAAUUUGUAAAGGAGAAGAAAUAAAGCCUAUUUUCUUAUAUUUCAAAUAAAAAUGGUGUGCAUAUAAUGAGCACUGAUUGAAGGGCAUGUGUAUUGCAAACACUGUUGCGUUUUAUUUUAUUUUUGGUGAAAUGAAAAUAAAAUCUUUUAAAUACAAACGU